AUGCCACAUUCGAAUGUAUCCAAAAAUGAACAAGAAAGUUUUAAACAAUUGUCUAAAUUAAUUUCAAACUUUAAACCUAAUGAUAUAGAAAUUGUAAUUAAGCAAGAACAAGAUAAACAACUAAUAGAAAAUAAAGCAAACUUCUUUCGCAAUGAAAUUCAUGCUGUCAUAAUACAUGAUGGAUUAUCUUCACUUUUUGUAACUAUUAAUCUUGCAGAUCUGCACAGUUCAAUUGUAAUAAUAUAUGCAGAAAAAGAAGUUAAUAUUAAUACUUUAAUUCUGGAAAAUUUUUCAACUGCAACAGAAAGAGCUAAGCUAUCUUAUCUUGAUCCAACUGUGGUUGCAAAGUAUUUUAAUAUUAUAAUAGAAAAAAUAAUUGAAUAUAUUCUUGGUUAUAGAAAAUCUGAAGGUGGUGUAUUAGGUGAAAUAAAAAAUUAUUAUGCUAUAAUAGAAUAUCAAGACCAAGGUAUACCUCAUUGUCAUAUAUUAAUAUGGCUUCAAGGUGCAUCUAAUCUUAUUAAACUAUGA